CUCCAUUCGUUUUCUACUGUCGUCUCUGCCACCUUUCACGAACUCUGGCAGCAAGUGACGCAUAUUUUAAUUUGUACAUGCUUUAAUUUGGUUUAUUCCCUUUCGACAAGAAUACCCCCGCCAUGGUCCUUCAGGAUCUCGGGCGGCGAAUCAACGCCGCCGUCAAUGACCUGACUCGCUCCAACAAUUUGGACGAGAAGGCCUUUGAUGACAUGAUUAAAGAGAUCUGCGCCGCCCUGCUGUCCGCCGACGUCAACGUCCGCCUGGUCCAGUCCCUCCGCAAGUCCAUCAAGUCCAGCGUCAACUUUGCCUCUCUUCCUGCCGCCGUGAACAAGAAGCGUUUGAUUCAAAAGGCCGUCUUCGAUGAGCUAGUCUCCCUGGUUGAUCCCCAUGCGGAGCCCUUCCGUCCCAAGAAGGGCCGCUCCAACGUGAUCAUGUUCGUCGGUCUGCAGGGUGCCGGUAAAACCACCACUUGUACCAAGCUGGCCCGCCAUUACCAGAUGCGCGGCUUCAAGACUGCCCUCGUCUGUGCCGAUACCUUCCGUGCUGGUGCUUUCGACCAGCUGAAGCAGAAUGCCACCAAAGCCAAGAUCCCCUACUACGGUAGCUUGACGCAAACCGACCCCGCCAUUGUGGCGGCCGAGGGUGUGGCCAAGUUCAAGAAGGAGCGUUUCGAAAUCAUCAUUGUCGAUACUAGUGGUCGUCACAAGCAGGAAGAAGAGCUCUUCACCGAAAUGACCCAGAUUCAGACCGCCGUCACCCCCGACCAGACCAUCCUCGUCCUCGACAGCACCAUCGGUCAGGCUGCCGAAGCCCAGUCCUCUGCCUUCAAGGCCACCGCAGACUUCGGAGCCAUCAUCAUCACCAAGACGGAUGGUCACGCCGCAGGUGGUGGUGCUAUUUCCGCCGUCGCUGCCACCCACACCCCCAUCAUCUACCUCGGUACCGGUGAGCACCUGAUGGACCUGGAACGCUUCGAGCCAAAGGCCUUCAUCCAGAAGCUACUGGGUAUGGGUGAUAUGGCCGGACUGGUGGAGCACGUACAAGCCGUGACCAAGGACUCGGCCUCCGCCAAGGAAACCUACAAGCACAUCUCAGAAGGUAUCUACACGCUGCGUGACUUCCGCGAGAACAUCACCUCCAUCAUGAAGAUGGGACCCCUCUCCAAGCUCUCCGGCAUGAUUCCCGGUCUCUCCAACCUGACUGCGGGUCUCGAUGACGAAGACGGCUCCAUGAAGCUCCGUCGCAUGAUCUACAUCUUCGACAGUAUGACGGCCGCCGAACUCGACGGCGAUGGCAAGAAUUUCGUCGAACAACCCAGCCGCAUGGUCCGUAUCGCCUGCGGAAGCGGUACCACCGUCCGCGAAGUGGAAGACCUGCUCUCCCAGCACCGCAUGAUGGCCGGCAUGGCCAAGCGUGUCGGUGGACAGAAGAAGCAGAUGCAGCGCGCCCAGAACAUGCUCAAGGGUGGUAACAAGGAGCAGCAGCUCGCCGCCAUGCAGAAGCGCAUGGCCGCAAUGGGUGGUGCCGGCGGUGGUGGAUUCCCCGGUAUGCCCGGCAUGGGCGACAUGGCCAAGAUGAUGCAAAUGCUGCAAGGUCAAGGAGGUGGAGGCGGCGGUGGUCUGCCCGGUCUAGGUGGAAUGGAUCUACAAAGUAUGAUGAGCCAGAUGAGUGGGUUGAUGGGCGGUGGCGGUGGUGGUGGUGGAGGCCGCGGUAGAGGACGGUGAUUGUGAUGAUGACGAUGAUGCACGCAUUUCGAAACUCCUUUUUGAUUCAUGUUUUCGCGUUGUUACCAUUCCAUGAUUAUAUUACUACACCUGUGUCUCCGUCUCUUCUUUUCGUUUGAUUGUUAAGAGACUGAGGAUAUAUGCCUUGCUUCAGUUCAGUCAUCAUUCACCUCAUUCGUCGAUUGUAACUAGCAUAUGAUGGUGUUGGGCGUGACUUGAUUUUACUUUUGCUUAUCUUUUUUUUCUUUUUCGCUAAUAUCUGACUCGCCCUGUGGGGCAUAAAUCUAUGCUAUGGAAGCUUACUUUUUAUCUUUUCUGUCUUACAAGAUAUAUAC